UUGCAAAUCACCAAACCUCAAAUCUUAUGGAAACAAAUAAUAGCAACUUCUUUAUUGAGACACAUUGAGCAGACAAUAUGUGUGAUGAGAAAAUUUAUAGGGGAUAGUGCUUUUCAAUGCUCCUCUUUCGACGCGAUCUCCUUCGUGUCAACCCGAUCAAGCAUAUUGGUCGUCGCAAGAUCACCACUUCAAGCUUCCUUACGGGUAUCAACGCUCCGGUCCAAUCCUACAUCUCCCGUUCCAAUGACCCCUAUCUCAACUUGUCGAUUGAGCAUUAUCUCCUCACCCACACCCCUCCAGACUCUACCAUCCUCUUUCUCUACGUCAACCGGCCCUGCAUAGUCAUCGGCCGCAACCAGAAUCCAUGGCUGGAAGUGAACCUGCCGCUUCUCCGCCAGGAGCAUGAGCGGCACCAAGGGCAUAUAAAUAACCCGAUUGAAGCCGGCAAUACCGAUGCCGAAACGAACUGUCAACCCGCAGAAGAAGGCCAACUAAUCGACCUCGUCCGCCGUCGUUCCGGCGGCGGUGCCGUUUUCCACGACCUGGGCAACGUGAACUGGUCCGUAACCUGCCCGCCUGCUCUGUUCACUCGCGAUAAGCACGCGGACAUGGUGGCGCAAGCGCUGCGCUCGCUCGGCGGAAGCAGAGUGAGCACGGCGCGGGUGAAUCAGCGGCAUGACAUUGUCAUUGACGUGCGAAACGAGAAUCGAGGAUACAAGUCCGCCAAGGUGUCCGGGUCAGCGUAUAAGAUCACGCGGACGAGGGCGUUGCAUCACGCGACGUGCUUGCUGAACUCGGAGUACCUGGAGGACAUUCCGAGGUACUUGCAUAGUCCGUCCAAAGAGUCGAUCGACGCCAAGGGGGUGGAGAGCGUGAGUUCGGAGGUGGCGAACGUGAGGGUGAGCUUCGACAGAUUUCGAGAGGCCGUAAGGGGGGAAUUUGAGGAAAUGUAUGGCGCAAGUGGCGGGGUGGCGGAAUUACAGACAGUUGGAGAUGAAUUAUUGGAAAUCGAGGGGUUGAGGAAGGGAUAUACCGAACUUCAGUCCUUAGAGUGGAAGUAUCUACAGACUCCGCAAUUUACUGUACGUGUGGACGUUCCUGACUCCAAAGGGGAGGGAAAUUUCUUCCAGUUGCGGGUUAGGCAUGGCCUCGUUGAGGAGGCGGCAGUUUUGAACCAACAUAAGGAAGUAGUCGAAGGAUUCGAGAACUAUCUCGGUCAAAGGCUCCACGAGAUAUCUGAUUGGAGCCGAGUCUACGAAUACGUUGGAAAGGACCUAGCUGAUCUUGAAAUGCUCACGGGUGGCCACGAACCGGGCCAGUUCCAGAUAGUUGGAAAGGUUGAAUAGGUCUAUACGUUGUCCCAAUCUAUUGCAUCACACAUCAAUACCUGGUACAUUUAGACUUGGCUUU